AUGAAAGGCCUUUAUCCAAAAGUAUUAGAGGAGUUGCAUAUUAGACGAAAUUCACUAAAAAGAUGUCUUGCUCUAUUAAAUGAUAAAAAGGAAGAAUUAGAAAAGAAGAUUAAUUUGGCAGAAGAAAGAGGCAUAGUUAUUACAGAUACUUUAAAAUCUGAAUACUCUUCAGUUGUCUUUAAUAUCACUUGUCUAGACGCAAAACAGCUUGCUUUAAAAAGUAAAAGGUUCAGUGUAAAAUAUGGGGAUACAGAUUCCUUAUACUUUGUCUGUCCAGAAAAAUGUUUUCAGAAAUGUGAUGAGACAUAUGACAAUGGUAAUGGGAUCUCAAAAGAAGAAUAUUGGUCUAGAAUGAUAAACAUCUUUAUGGAAGUAAUAGAAAGACUUCGUGAUGAAGUUAAUGACUUUCUCAGAAAUGAUAAUGGAUCAUCUUAUCUCAAAAUGGCGUAUGAGGAAGUCUUAUUUCCAGUAAUUGUAAAGCGAAGGCAGUCUAAACACUUUCGUGAGGUAGGUAAGAAAGUCAUGGAUGAAUCUAUGAAGAUAGACCUUAAUGGGAUAGUUAAAACUGCUAUAUGGAAGCCUAAUAAAAAUAAAAAGAGUGUCCAGCGUUUCAUUUCACAAAUGGGAGAUAGAUAUACCUGUGAAGAAGCAGAUGCCAAAUGA